AUGGAUUCAAGAUCGGUGUUUGUCUUAUUAUGGAUGUUCCUGUUGUCCCCAUCCUCUGGAAUCAAACUAGAGGGAAAUGGUUAUGUUGACAUUAUAAUCGCAAUCAGUUCAAGAGUACCACAGGAUGACAUGCUCAUUGAUAAAAUCAAGGAAAUGGUCACUGAAGGAUCGUAUUAUCUUUAUGACGCAUUAGAUGAAAUGGUCUAUUUUAAAGAAGCUACAAUACUAGUCCCACCUCAGUGGAAUAGUAAGGAUUUUAUCAAAGCAAGAACAGAGUCCUUUGAAAAGGCACAAAUAAAAAUUGAUAAUGAUAAUUCUGCAAACAACGUUGAACCCUACACUAAACAGUAUGGAGAAUGUGGAGAGGAGGGGGAUUACAUUCAUUUUACCCCAAAAUACCUGCUGAAUGACACUUUUAUUCAGCUUUAUGGUUCAAGAGGAAGGGUCUUUGUGCAUGAAUGGGCUCAUUUGAGAUGGGGCGUGUAUGAUGAAAACAGUGAAGAACAGCCAUUCUACCACUCUAAUGGUCAUAUUGAAGCUACAAGGUGUAGCAAAGAUAUUGAAGGUCUGUUUUAUGAGGUUACUGCGGGAGGAUCUCUUCAGCAGUGCCGUAUCGAUCCACAAACUGCACUACCUGACGAUAGGUGUAUGUUUUUUCCAGACAGAAAUCAAAUCACAGGCAGCUCCAUAAUGUUCUUACCAAGUCUGGAUCCUGUGACUGCAUUUUGUCGUGAAAAUGAGCACAAUUAUGAAGCCCCAAACCUACAAAAUAAAAAAUGUGGCAACAAAGCAACAUGGACUGUAAUUUUUGAAGAUUCUGUGGAUAAAGACGCACUUCGUUCUCUGAAACCACUGCAGUCCCCUCCACCGCCACCAUCUUUCAAAGUUGUGCAGAGAGCACAGCGGGUCGUUUGUCUCAUCCUUGAUGUCUCAGGAAGCAUGCAAGGCUCAAGAAUUCUUCAACAGCGACAGGCUGCCACACAAUUCCUACGGAUCUACAUUGAAGAUCAAGCCAGUGUUGGAAUUGUAACCUUCAGUACUUAUGCUUCAACACUGAGCCCUUUGACUACUAUUGACAGCGACACCACAAGAGAGAAUCUUAUCAAACUUUUGCCAACAGUAGCAAGUGGAUCAACAAACAUGUGUUUGGGCCUUAGUCAAGGCUUACAGGAACUACAAAAGGACAAUGGGGAUGUAUUAGGAGAUGAAAUAAUUUUUCUGACAGACGGUCAGGCAACAGACAACAUUGCUGCUUGUGCUCCAUCUGCAAUACAAAGUGGUGCCAUUAUACACACACUAGCUUUUAGUAACAGUGCAGCUAGUGCACUAAUAGAAAUGGCGAACAAAACUGGAGGAAAAUUCAUUUAUGCCAGUGAUGAAUUGACCUCCAACCAGUUAAUGGAUGCGUUUGCCUCACUAACAUUAUCAACGGGAGAUUACACAAAAGAACCAGUUCAGCUCGAGAGUGUUGGAGCAAGAACAUCUGGUUGGUUCAACGGGACAGUAUCAGUGGAUCAGACUGUUGGGAACAAAACCAGAUUUGUAAUAAUCUAUGAAAUAAGUUUUCCUAGUGUUUACAUACAAUCACCAAGUGGCUCAAUCUACACUCAGACAAAUAUGAGUCAUGAUGAAUUGCUGAAAGCAGUCACUUUAAACGUUCCAGGAACUGCAGAGCCUGGGGACUGGAAGUACAGUGUCCAAACCACCUCAAAUCAGGCUUUCACUAUAACAGUAACGAGUCAAGCGGCACGUGCUGAUGUUCCUCCUAUUAUUGUAAAAACCCAUAUGAACCAGCAGUUCAAUGACGGCUCUAAACCCAUGACAGUGUUUACUGAGGUUAGUCAGAAUUACAGGCCUGUAAUAAAUGCUGAAGUGUGGGCUACACUGGAGUCGGAAACUGGGUCCGUGCAUACAUUACAACUGCUGGACAAUGGAGCAGGAGCUGAUGCUUUUCAGGGUGAUGGAAUCUAUUCCAGAUAUUUCACAAAGAUUGUAAAUGGGAGAAGCAGCUUGAAAGUAAGAGUGAAGAAUCAAGGUGGACAAACCAGAUUAGCUUCCACCAAAAAGAGCAGUGCCCCAUACGUACCUGGAUAUGUGGUAAACGGUGUAGUGCAGCUGAACCCUCCAAAGACUCCAGUUUCUGAGGAACCUCUUAAGGUGGGAAACUUCACCAGAACAGCCACCGGAGAGAGUUUUGAGGUGAAACUUUCGGGCACAACUCCACCAAACUUCCCUCCCAACAGAAUCACAGAUCUGAGUGCUGAGAUCCAGGAGGACACUGUGCUUCUCAGCUGGACAGCACCUGGAGAGGACCUCGACCAAGGCACAGCUAAAUCCUAUGAGAUCAGGUGGAGCUUUGACCUUGAUAUGCUUCGAAAGAACUUCAGCAAUGGUCAUGUAGUGAACACAGCUGCCGUCUCUCCUCACGAGGCUGGAUCAGUUGAACAACAUUCAUUCAAUCUCAGUUUCCCAAUCCAAAAUGGGACCACACUCUUCUUUGCGGUUCAGUCGGAGGAUGAACAAAAUGCUAAAUCUGAAACCUCCAACAUUGCUCAAGCUUCAAAGAUCCUGCCUGGUCCAAAACCCCCAGGAAUAUCAAACCCAGGCGUGAAUUUAACAGUUCUUGUCAUCUCUCUGUGUGUGGUAAUUAUGGUUAUAUGCUUUAUUGUAGCUGUAACCACAUGGGCAGUGAGACGCAGGAAUAUUGCUGUCUAAAGCAACACAUGACAUCAACAAUGCAAACAAAUGUCAAAUCAAGCCUUAAGCCUACUUUGAACAAUAUUUGAAACAGCUUUAAAACAUUUCUUAAAACAGUUAUUUGGUUCAGACAUAAUUUCUUGGCUUCUGACAUCUUUUUCAAGUAAAUGUCUAAUAAUGCUGCCUCAUAGAAUUUUUAUUUAUGAUUCUCAGUCAACUGAUUUAGCUUCAUCUUAAAUGUGAGCACUUUUAAAAACAAAUCAGUAAAACAUUUCUGUAUUAAAUUUGCAUUGUGGUGAUUCGAAACACUGUUUGGUUCAUUUGUUUAUUGUAUUUCCAUAAGUCUGCAUGAUGCAGAUAAAUCCAUAAUCAUUUGCAAUAUGUGAAUAUAUAUAUAUAUAUAUAUAUAUAUAUAUAUAUAUAUAUAUAUAUAUACACUGUAUAUAUAAAACAAGCUGUAUGUAUUGAUGGAGUUAUGUAAACAUAAGGGGGAGCCACUGUGAUGUUGAUGUUUCACAUUCAUCAGUCACAGAUCAGCAGCUCCAACAAUCUGCUUCCCCUUUUUAAUUAUUUAAUAAAAUGUAUAUUAGAAUGAAGACCAUUAUUUACAUGUGUUUGAAUUUAUUAAUGA